CAAGCAGGGAGUGUGUCGCUCUUUCAUUGCUUUGGUGAAUUAGCGCCUCGUGUACUCUGUUCCUCGUCGCUCGACUGACAUAGACACACGGCAGCGCCAUGCAGCUGGGCAGCCGUCCGAUGAAAACUUUGUCCCUUCAGGAGGACUACAGCCCCUACCGCCGCGUGAGCCAGGCCACAGAGCAGACGCUCUCGUCGGAGGAGGAGGAUGGUGACGAAUUCGACAUGAUGGGCAUGGGCAUGGGUAUGGACGGCGGACUCGGCAUGGGUUUCGACCCGCAUGAGCACCCCGAGCUGUUCAUGGCCCUCCUGGACCCGCGGCAGCAGCUGCAGCUGCCGUUCGGCGCGGCGGCCAACUCCCCCGAGAUGAAGGCGGCGCUGGUGCAGCACAUGAUUCAGAGCGCAGCACAGGCCAACGGCAUGCACAUGGGGUACAACGGCAUGGGCAUGGGGAUGGCGGGGGUGCAAGGGCAGGGCAUCAACAUGGCCGGCAUGAUGGCACCCGAAGGCAGGACCAGGGAGAGAACCAACCACAGCAACCGAGGUGAGCUGAGGUAGCUAACACAGAACAGGAGGACGAUUGACUUGUCUCCUUGUCGCGUCCAGGCGAUACGGUAGGAGUUCCCAAGAUGGUGACCAAGACGACCAGCGAGACAGAGGCCGGUGAGACGACUGACAACGACGCGGCCGGGGGCGGGGGUGCCAGUGACAGUAACAGUGGGAUGGGGUCGGGGUCGGCCAACGGUGGCGGGUCUGCGGCGGCUGAUUGCAACGCCAAUGUGAGCUCGUCUUCAUCCUCGGAGGGGCGGCCCAGCGGGGGCGUGUGUGCCGUCUGCCACAAGACCACCAACAAACGAUGCGGCAAGUGCAAAAAGACCUUCUAUUGCUCGCAGGUCGGCGGGCAGCCAGGCAAACAGGCAAACAAGACACGCCUUCAUCCAUUCAACGCACCCCACUGUUGUCUGUCUCUUCCUGUGUGCGUGUGUCUGUGUGUCUGUGUCUGUGCAUGCAGACCUGUCAGAAGCGUCAUGCGUCAUCGCACCGCUUGACGUGUCACGAGUACCAGGCGCCGGCGCCCCCGACGCCGCCCGAGGAGCAGCAGGCGCCCCUGACAUGGGCCGUCCUUGACGACCUGCUGCCGCCCAACGGUGGGCGGGGAUGGGGCGACAGUGUCCAGCGGGACAGUGUGGAGACGUCCCUCAUACUCAAGGUGGCCAGCCGGGUCACGCCGGGCUGCCACGCCUUCUUGGCCGAGGACGUCGCGGGCGAGAAGCGACUCAUCACCUGGCACUUCGGUCGGUCCGUGGCGGCCACAAAACACAAGAGGGGAUCCCAAGAUGGAUGGGCGGAUGGAUUGGUAUCAUGUGUACGUAUGUCUGUGUGUGUGGUGAAGAUAUUGACGAGGAUGUGUCUUAUCCGUUCAACCUGUACGAGAACGCGUACGUGGCCUGGGUGCGGCCGCGGCCCUAUCGCUACCUCGACGGCCGCAAGGGGGCCCGCAUCACCUCCCACGACCACCCCUUCCUCGACCUCAUCAAAAAAUAAACACACUCACACCGACACAGACCGACAGACAGACAACACACACAUACAUUGACACAUACAUUGACACAUUGAUGCAUGGAUGGAUGGAUUGGCCCGUGUGAGUUGAGGGGAUGGAUGGAUGCGGCUGGCUGGCUGGCUGGCUGUUUCGGCCCACCCCACCCGACCAGUGAUAUAUAUAAGCAGACAGACAGACAGACAGACAGCUGCGUCGUAUCUGGAUGGCUCAUGGAAGAAGCAUCGCUCAGCACCAGACAGGCAGACACACACACACACACGCACGCAGCCGUCGAGAGAGAGACAGAGACACAGAGGGAGGGUCACUGAUAGAGGCGGGUACAUGCCAUGCCGCGAGAUACGUUUGUAUGUAUUAUAAGGCAAGAUUGAUGGGUGGAUAAAGUGGAGAGUGGCUGCUGGGGUGGGUGAGAGCAGGGGACGAGUGCCCUGCCCGGAUGGGUUGCGUUGGGUGACUGAAUGUGCGUAGGAGUCGUCACGUCACUCAUGCCGUCCUGGUGCCUGCUCUGCCUGUGCUGUGUGUGUGUGGUGUCGGUUUCAAUCAUUUGUGUGGAUGGAUGGAUUCUUGCACACCCCACACGUGUGGUGUGCAUGGUAUGGCGUGGACGGCCGUGAGUGUGUGCAGUGCAGUGAAUGCAUUGCAGCCGUUUUCCCCUUCGUCGUGUUUUUUGCGCAGUGAGUGAGUGAGUGAAAGACUGACUGGCGGACAGGCCGACGGACAGAGGCAGGCAGGCAGGAAGGCACGGGCGUGGCCGGCCGUAUGGGCGCACGUGCGUUUGUUUCCCGCGUGGAUAAUAAUGUUCGUAUGCGCGUGUGCGUGACUGGACGGGCAAGACACGUGACUAACUGACUGACCGACUGAAUCGCUGCGACGAG